AUUUUAGUCAGUAGAUGCUUUAGAGGCAGGCAGUAGGUUGGCUGAGCCGUGUUUUACUGCAAACACUAUUCGAACUGUAUGAACAUUUUAUUUCUCAUACACACUAAAGAUCAGUAAGAAGAAGGAUGGAAGCAAGCAACAACCAAAGAGAAAAGAGAUCAGAAGACAAAGCUGCCACUGUAAAUGUAAAUAUGACUCAGAACACUGGUGCAGCAGAGGAUUCACAGUCACCGUCCAUGUCCACUGUCUAUGGACAGUCUGCAACAUCUGGCAAGAACAAAGACCAUACCCCUAAGACUAAACGUCACCCUGUCACUGAUGAAGAAAAUGCUAUUAUGCCAAAGCUCCAAAUCACUUUUAACACAUUCACAGUCAAGAAUGGUGAAGAGCUCAAAGUGGAGAUCCCAGUGACUGGAAACCCGGCACCAAAGAUUGAAUGGAAAAAAGAUGGUCAGGCUGUUAAAGAGACUUCAAGACUAGAGGUUUCACAUACGCCGUCACUAACACGCCUCCAUAUCAGACACGCUGUCAGGGAACACUCUGGUCUGUACUACGUCACGGCAAACAACAGUGCUGGAACAUACACGGGGGAAAUCACCGUGGUUGUUCUUGAAAAGCCGGACCCUCCCAUGGGGCCUGUGAGCAUUGAUGAGAUUAGUUCUGAUUAUGUUACCAUAUCCUGGACACCGCCUGCCUACACAGGAGGCUGCCCGCUAGACAACUAUAUAGUGGAGAAGCGUGAAACUACCAAUACAGACUGGCAGACCGUAUCAGCCACAACAGUGAGGACCACAAUCAAAAUCACUAAGCUGAAGACAGGCAGCGAAUACCAAUUCAGAGUGUUUGCAGAAAAUCGGUAUGGAAAAAGUACAGCAGUUACUUCUCCCAUUGUAAUUGCACAGUAUCCGUUCAGUACUCCUGUGGCUCCUGGCACCCCCUUUGCUUCCACAGUGUCAAAGUACAGCAUGGUGGUUGAAUGGGAGCCCCCAGCCAAAGACGGAGGCAGUCCUAUCACUGGCUAUCACCUCGAACGCAAAGAGAAGAACAGCAUUUUAUGGACCAAGCUGAACAAACUUGUUAUACCGGAGGCUCGUUUCAAAACCAGUGGGCUGGAAGAAGGCAUUGAGUAUGAAUUCAGAGUCUUCGCUGAGAAUAUUGCUGGACUCAGUCCCUCGAGUAGAAUAUCUGAAUGCUAUGUGGCUAGAGACCCGUGUGACCCUCCUGGUAACCCGGAAGCUGUCGUUGUUACCAGAGAGAAGAUCACACUUCAAUGGGCCAAGCCCAGCUAUGACGGUGGAAGCACCAUUACAGGCUAUGUUGUGGAGAAGAAGGAGCUUCCAGAUGGCAGAUGGAUGAAGGCGAACUUUACUAAUGUGAUUGAGAAUGAGUUUACAGUCACAGGUCUGACAGGAGGCCAAAGUUAUGAGUUCAGAGUAACUGCUAAAAAUUCUGCUGGAGUUUGGAGCUCACCAUCCAAAAGCAUCACCAUCAUCGCCCAAGAUGUCAUUGAAGGACCCACAGCAUUCAUUGAUCCUAAGUUCAAGAGUACCACUGUUGUUCAGGCUGGUGAGACAUUUGUUAUGGAAGCCGAUUACUUUGGUAAGCCACUGCCUGAAGUACUGUGGAUGAAAGACGGAAAGGAAAUUGACAAAGCUACACCAAGAAUGGAGUUUAAGAACACACUCACUCACACAACUGUGACCGUCAGAGACUGCACGCGAGUGGAUGGGGGACACUUUGUCUUGAGCCUCAGUAACAUUGGUGGGACUACAUCCAUUCCCUUUAAUGUAAAGGUCCUGGAUAGACCCGGUCCACCAGAUGGACCUCUGAAAGUGAAGGUCGUAAAUGCUGAGAAGUGUAAUCUUCACUGGGGUCCCCCUUUAAACGAUGGCGGCGCUGGUGCUUCUCACUAUAUCAUUGAAAAAAGAGAGACUAGCCGUGUUACAUGGACGCAAGUUGAACCUCAUGUCGAAGCGGUCAGUUACAAAGUGACGAAGCUGGUGCCGGGCAAAGAGUACAUAUUCAGAGUUGCUGCAGUGAAUAAAUUUGGUGUUGGUGAAUUUCUGGAAUCAGAGCCCUUCGUUGCCCAAAACCCUUUCACCACACCCAGUGCACCUUCUGCCCCAGCAGCCAGUGCUGUGACCGGUGACUCUGUGAUGCUGACGUGGGAAAGACCGGAGAGGGAUGGCGGCUCAGAGAUCGAUGGCUACAUUGUAGAGAAACGUGACAAGGAGGGUGUCAGGUGGACUAGAUGCAACAAGAGAAGACUGAACGAUUUGCGCUUUAGAUGUACAGGGCUCAGCGAAGGACACUGCUAUCAGUUUAGAGUAGUGGCGGAAAAUAGUGCGGGCGCUGGUGCACCCAGUGAGCCCAGUGAGUACGUGAAAGUCUGUGAGGCUACUUACCCACCCGGUCCCCCUACCAACCCCAGAGUAACCGACUAUUCAAGCAAUACCGUGUCUCUGGCAUGGUCCAAGCCCAUCUAUGAUGGCGGAGCGGCCAUCGACGGCUUCAUAGUUGAAAUGAAAGGAGCAGCAGAUGUUGAGUGGGUCACAUGCACGCCAAGCACAGGCGUAGAGGACACAAGCUUCACCGUGAAGAGACUGACGGAAAACAAGGAGUACAAUUUUCGUAUACGUGCCGUUAAUGCUGCGGGAGUUGGAGAGAAUGUGACCGUACCUGGGUCUGUGAAAGCGGUGGAAAAACUGGAGGCGCCUGAGAUUGAGCUGGACGCUGCCUUGAGGAAGAUCGUAAACGUUCGCGCCUGUUCCACUUUACGCCUGUUUGUUGCCAUUAGGGGAAGGCCGGACCCUGAAGUCAAAUGGACCAAGGAAGGUGGAACUCUCAGCGAGCACGCUCAGAUUGAGGUAACAAGCACCUACACCGAGUUACUUAUUGAGAACAUCAACAGAAAUGACACUGGGAAGUAUGUGUUGACUGCAGAGAACUGCACUGGCUCUAAAACAUCAUUUAUCAACGUGAGAGUAUUGGACUCUCCCAGUUCACCAACAAACCUAGAGGUCAAAGACGUGAAGAGAGAUUCUGUGACCGUCUCCUGGGAGCCGCCUCUCAUUGACGGAGGAGCAAAGAUCCUACAUUACAUCGUAGAAAAGAGAGAGGAGUCUAGGAAAGCAUUUACGAAUGUCUGCAGCAGCUGUGUGAGAAACUCAUACAAGAUUGACAAUCUCCAGGAAGGAUGCUUUUAUUAUUUCCGUGUCCUGGCUGUGAACGAGUUCGGGGCUGGACUCCCAGCGGAAACCACAGAGGCUGUCAAGAUGUCCGAGGCUCCUCCGCCUCCCGGCAAAAUCAUGCUCAGUGAUCUUACCUGCAGCAGUGCAAAACUGUCCUGGGAGAAGCCCGAGCAUGAUGGGGGAAGCAAGAUCACGUGUUACGUUGUAGAAAUGCAGGCCAAGGGAGAUGAGACAUGGACAACGUGUUCAGAGAGUAAAGCUCUGGAAGCAGCUAUUAAUGGGUUGACAAAGGGAAGGGAGUAUUACUUUAGAGUUAGUGCUGUUAACGAGAAAGGGAAAAGUGAGCCAAAAUUGCUGUUGACACCUGUUACUGUAAAGGACACAAGUGCUGAGCCCAUGAUUACUUUGCUGAGUAACACAUUCAGCGUGAAGGCAGGGAACGACCUAAGGAUCGACGUUCCAUUUAGGGCCGUGCCUCCUCCGACGGCGGCCUGGAGAAAAGACGGCAACGUGCUGAAAGAAACAAGCAGAGUAAACGUGACGACAUCUGACACGUCAUCUCAGAUAGUUAUCAAAGACGCCACCAGGGUAGAUGUUGGCGUGUAUGAGGUGACUCUGACCAACUCUGCUGGAAGCACAUCUGCUGAGGUCUUUGUGACUGUUUUCGAAAGGCCCGGGGCGCCGAGCGACCUCAGCGUAGAUGAAGUGAGCGCCGACUUUGUGUCUUUGUCGUGGAAGUCACCAAGUUAUACAGGAGGGUGUCAAAUUAGUAAUUAUGUUGUGGAGAAGAGGGAAACUGGGAGUACAGUAUGGCAGACUGUGUCAGCUACGGUGGCCAGGACAUCCAUCAAAAUCUCCCGUCUGACGCAGGGCAUCGAAUAUCAGUUCCACGUCGCCGCAGAGAACCGCUACGGCAGGAGUCCCUUCGCUGAAUCGGAACCCAUUGUUGCUCAGUACCCCUUCAAGCCUCCUGGUCCGCCAGCAAACCUCUGUGUCAUCCAGGCGUCAAAGUCUGUGAUGGUCAUAGCUUGGAACACACCAGACAGCAACGGCGGCAGCCCUAUCGUCGGAUACCACAUUGAAUGCAAAGACCAGAGCAGUAUUCUGUGGACGAAGCUAAACAGAAGUCCAGUAACCGAGACCCAGUUUAAGGUGACGAGCGUUGAGGAGGGUCUGGUUUACGAGUUCCGGGUUUGUGCCGAGAACAUGGCGGGUGUGGGGCCCUGCUGUGCGGCGUCUGAGCCAGUAGCAGCGAGAGACCGGUGCGACCCCCCGCGCAACCUCGCCGUCACAAACAUAACGAACAGUUCAGUGUCUCUCUCAUGGGACAGACCGGAAUAUGACGGGGGAGCCAAAAUAACGGGUUACAUCGUGGAGCGCAAGGAGCUGCCAGACAGCUGCUGGCUGAAGUGCAACUUCACCAACCUACAGGAGACCUUUUAUGAAGUGACCGGCCUUGCGAAGGGGGAGCAGUACGACUUCCGCGUCAUUGCCAAGAACUCGGCCGAGCUCUUCAGCGCACCCUCCCAAUGCACAGGCGUGGUUACGGUGCAGCAUGACGUGGAGCCACCCAGAAUUACCCUGGAGGACAAAUUUAGGCAGCCGGUGGUUGUCAAAGCGGGUGAGCUCCUAAGAAUAGAGGCCGACAUCUCUGGUCGCCCCAACCCCACUGUGUUUUGGCUGAAGAAUGGCAGACACGUUGGGAGCACAGGGAGGGUGGAGAUAACCACAACAAAGACACAUACUUUGCUACUGAUCAGAGAAAGCGUUAGGAAGGACUCUGCACAAUAUACUCUGACGCUGCAGAACACUGGUGGCACCAUUUCUAAAACUAUUACCUGCAAGGUUUUGGACAGGCCGGGCCCACCUGCUGGACCUCUGGAAGUGUCUGGACUCUCAGCGGAGAAAUGUACACUGUCAUGGGGACCCCCUCAUGAGACCGGGGGGGCAGAGAUCACACACUACAUCGUCGAGAAAUGCGAAACGAGCCGUGUAGCUUGGACCCUCGUGUACGGCGACAUGAUGGCAACUACUUGUAAGAUCAGCAAGCUGCUCAAGGGAAAUGAAUACUUGUUUAGAGUGAGGGCAGUGAACAAAUAUGGGGAGGGUGAGAACUUGGAAAGUGAGCCCGUUAAGGCUGUGGAUCCCUUCACCAUUCCAUCGCCUCCAACUGAUGUGGAGGUCACAAAUGCAACCACCGAGGCUAUGACCAUCUGCUGGAAGAGGCCGGAGUCCGAUGGUGGCAGUCGCAUCAGCGGUUACGUGGUUGACAAAAGGGAGAAGCUGGGCGUGCGCUGGGUUCGGGUCAAUAAAAAGCCAGUCUAUGACCUACGAGUCAAAGCCUGUGGCCUGCGCGAGGGAUGCGAGUACGAAUUCAGAGUCUUUGCUGAGAACGCUGCCGGGUUGAGUGACCCCAGUGUUCCGUCCCCGCUCACCCUGGCGGAGGAUCCGAAAUUCUUGCCUUCUCCUCCGACAAAAGCCACGAUAGUUGACUCGUCCAGAUCCUCGAUCACUCUGUCAUGGACCAAACCGCUGUUUGAUGGUGGCAGUCCAGUUACAGGGUACAAAGUUGAAUACAGAAAACCUACAGAGGAAGAAUGGUCGGUUGCUGUUCAUAACACAGAGGCGAAUGAAUUCACAGUGACUGGACUCACAUCAGGAGAAAAAUAUGUUUUUGUUGUUAGAUCUAUAAAUAAGGUCGGCAUCAGUGAGCCCAGUCCACAAACAGACCCUGAAAUGGCCGUGGAAAGAGAGGAGGAGCCAAGGUUUGAUAUUAGCCCUGACAUGAGAAAGACGCUGCUUGUAAAAUAUGGCAGCUCCUUCACUUUGACUGUGCCUUUUACAGGGAAACCUCUCCCUAGUGUGACAUGGGAAAAAGCAAAUGUAGACCUGCGAGUCAGAGGCCUGAUCACCACCACCAGCUCCGUCAGCUCUAUCACAGUAGAACAGGCAACACGCGAUGACUCUGGCAAAUACUUAAUUAAACUGCAAAAUGUGGCUGGAUCUGCCUCCUUGUCUCUGAAAGUAAACGUUCUGGAUUCGCCUGGCCCACCCACUCACAUAGAAGUUAAAGACGUGACCAAGAGCUCUGCCACGGUUACCUGGGACAUCCCAGAGAACGAGGGGGGUGCCCCAGUGAAGAACUACAUCGUAGACAUACGUGACAUAAGCCGAAAGGGCUGGACGAGGCUCACCGACAAAUGCCGCAGAUUAUCCUAUAAGGUGUCAGACCUUGAGGAGGGAGGAAUGUACUUCUUCAGGGUUACUGGGGAAAAUGAGUAUGGCGUUGGUGUUCCAGCCGAGACCAAGGAGGGAACAAAGAUGACAGAUACAACGGACUGGGAGUCAGAUCUUGGAGCUUAGUCUCUCUCUUUUCAAGAUUUAAGUUCAUAAUCUCAAGUCAAAAUCAACCCUCAUCUAGUUUGCAUCUGCAGCAACAUUCUGUUUGGGUUUGAAUAUAUAUUAGUAUUGAGGUAUAUAGUUUGUGUUAUUCUCAACAAUGUUUUACUGUAUGACAUGCUGUGGAUGGAGGAACCGAAUGCUGCUAUUUUGUAGUUUUAUUACAGUAAGAUACAUGUUUUUUGUUUGUAUACUAACAAGUCUGAUUAUUGCCAUCUUUUGUGUAAAAGUAAAAGAACAAAUAUAUUGAUAGUGAUAUAGUGAUACUGUUUGGCAGAUAAAAAAACAAUCUGGUGUUUUAUACAAAAUUGUACACAGAAAAGUAAGGUAAAGAUUAUUUCUGUAUAGAACUUGCUUUUACUAAAACAAAACUGUCAAAAUCCCUAGAAGUUUGUUGUUACCUGCAAUAAAUUAAGAAAAAUAA